AUGCCCGGUGAAGGGCUGCGAGUUGGAGAUGCCGACAAGGCCGAGCUGAGCUCCGCCUCCUCGGGGCGCUGGUGCGACCCGUCCAGCGGCCGGAGGAUUGAGACGUCCGCCGGCAAGGGCGUGCUGUGCCGGAUCACGCUGCACGCGCGCGUGGAGAUGGCGCCGAUCGACGUCUUCCGCCUCAUGACCGCGCCGGACAACUCGCCCGCGUUCCGGGACAUCUACUCGGUGCCGCGCCACAAGGUGCUGACCGACGACGGGCAUGGGAAGCGGGUGGUCGAGAUGGAGCAGUGCACGGGAUUCAAGUUUCUGUCCUUCCCGAUUUCCUUCGCCACCCGGCUGGUGAUGGAGACGGACGAGGGGAAUUUGACGAUCAAGUUCCGGCUGGCCAAGAAGGGGCCGAUGAAGGUGUUCCAGGGGGUGUGGAGGGUGUGUGAGGCGGAGGGGGGGCGGGGAAGGGCGUCGAUUGUGGAACUCGAACAGGAUGUGCUGCCGGCUUUCAUCCCGCCGUUCUGUGGGGGCUUCCUGAGGGGCGUGUCCGUGCGGGCCAUCCGCCGCGUGGCCGAGGACCUGGACGCCGUGGCGCUGAGGCUGGGGGGCGGGGAGACGCUGGAGGGGGUGUUGGGCGGCGCGGCGAAAUCGGAAUCCGUAUCGGAGUCGGGGAAGCGUAUCGAAUCGUUUCCCCUGGCUGUGGACUGCGACCUGUCGGACGAGGAGGGGGAGAUAGCCGCGACCCGGUGA